AGUAUAUCAGAAAUAAAGAAACAGUACCGUGCACUAUCCCUAAAAUACCAUCCAGAUAAAGGAGGAGAUGAAGUUAUGUUCAUGAGGAUCGCUAAGGCCUAUGCAGCCUUAACUGAUGAAGAGUCACGAAAAAACUGGGAAGAAUUUGGUAAUCCAGAUGGACCACAAGCUACAAGCUUUGGUAUAGCUUUGCCAGCUUGGAUUGUAGAUCAGAAAAAUUCGAUUUUGGUGUUGUUUGUAUAUGGAUUAGCAUUUAUGGUUAUUCUUCCAGUUGUUGUGGGUUCCUGGUGGUACCGAUCAAUACGAUACAGUGGAGAUCAGAUUCUCAUUCGGACAACUCAAAUAUAUACAUAUUUUGUCUAUAAAACCCGAAACAUGGACAUGAAACGGCUCAUCAUGGUUUUAGCAGGGGCAUCUGAAUUUGAUCCUCAGUACAAUAAAGAUGCAACGAGCAGACCAGCAGACAACAUCCAGAUACCUCAGCUAAUCAGAGAAAUUGGUGGCAUAAAUUUAAAGAAGAAUGAGCCUCCUCUCACCUACCCUUACAGUCUGAAAGCCAGAGUUCUGCUGUUGACUCAUCUUGCCCGGAUGCAAGUUCCUGAGGUCCUUGAAGAAGAUCAGCAGUUUAUCCUUAAGAAGAGUCCUGCACUUCUUCAAGAAAUGAUUAAUGUGAUCUGCCAACUAAUAAUAAUGGCUCGAAGCAGGGAAGAAAGGGAGUUCCGUGCUCCAUCUUUGGGAUCUUUGGAAAAUUGCAUGAAGCUUUCCCAGAUGACAGUCCAGGGACUUCAGCAGUUCAAGUCUCCCCUUUUACAGCUGCCUCACAUUGAAGAGGACAAUCUGAGGAGAGUUUCCAAUCAUAAAAAGUAUAAAAUCAAAAGUAUUCAGGAUUUGGUGAGUUUGAAAGGCUCAGAUCGUCGCAAUUUACUGCACUUCCUAGAAGAUAAGAAAUAUGAAGAAGUUAUGGCUGUCCUUGGCAGCUUUCCAUAUGUCACUAUGGAUAUAAAACCACAGGUUUUGGAUGAUGAAGACAGCAACAACAUCACAGUAGGUUCUCUUGUCACUGUUCUGGUCACACUAACAAGACAGACCAUGGCAGAAGUCUUCGAAAAGGAGCAGUCUAUAUGUGCAGCAGAAGAGCAACCAACAGAAGAUGGGCAAGGAGAUGCCAGCAAAGUGAAGAGCAAAGGAUGGCAACAAAAGAAUAAAGGAACCAAGAAAGCUUCAAAAUCAAAGAAAAAGAAGCCAUUGAAAAAGAAACCUGUGCCACCUUCAUUGCAACCACAAAAACAGCAGAAGCAAAAACAAGCUAAUGGGGAAGUCGUCGUGAAGGAAGAGGAGGAGGAGGUCUCUGAUAAAGGAAGUGAAUCUGAAGAAGAAGAAACAAACAGGGACUCUCAAAGUGAAAAAGAUGAUGGAAGUGACAGAGACUCUGACAGAGAACAAGAUGAGAAGCAAAACAAAGAUGAUGAAGCUGAGUGGCAAGAAUUACAGCAAAGUAUACAGAGAAAGGAGCGAGCCCUUCUUGAAACGAAGUCAAAGAUAACACAUCCUGUUUACAGUCUUUUUUUUCCUGAGGAAAAACAAGAAUGGUGGUGGCUGUAUAUUGCAGAUCGGAAGGAGCAGAUGUUAAUAUGUAUGCCAUAUCACGUUUGUACACUAAAAGAUAAAGAAGAGGUAGAGCUGAAGUUCCCAGCACCAGGGAAGCCUGGAAACUAUCAGUACACAGUUUAUUUAAGAUCAGACUCAUAUAUGGGAUUGGACCAGAUUAAACCACUGAAGCUGGAAGUUCACGAAGCAAAACCAGUGCCAGAAAAUCACCCACAAUGGGAUACAGCAAUAGAAGGUGAUGAGGACCAGGAGGACAGUGAGGGCUUUGAAGACAGUUUUGAGGAGGAAGAGGAAGAGGAGGAAGAUGACGAUUAAACAUACUGUUGAUUGACUACAGUAUCUGCACACAGUGCAAGCUCUUGGUCUGACUGUGGAACUUGUACAAUUAACCAAGAAACACAGUACAGAAGCUUUGAGAAGGCUGAGUUUAAAUUUUCUUUACCAAUUAAGAGUGCAUUAUGUAACUUCUCAGUGGAGGUGAAACAAAUCUGUUGCCAUUGAUACACCUUGGAAUAUGCUUAUGGCUCAUUAUAGCCUUCAAAGUGCAGGAUGGUGCAUUUGUUUCAAUUGAAAAUAAAAGCUUUUUUAUUAUAAAUGUCCGAAAGUGUGGGCUAUAUAUUGUCUGAUGAGUUUAGGGUCCAAUUUAAAUAAAAGGUACUAUUAGCUAGGAGCAAACUUUCAAUCAAUUUUUCUGCGUUAGGAAUUUAUUUUAGAAAAUGUUUUUGUAUAUUUGACAUUACAAAUCUCUGUUGAUUGAAACAACAUUUGCUCAACUUUCAAACUUGAUUGGUUCUGUGGUAUUCAUUAACUAUUUUGCUGUGAUGCUGCUCACAUCAUUCAUAGCUUUAAGAAUCUGUUUUAGUUAACUUGAUCACUACAAUUUGGCAUCGUAUCCAUUGCCACGUUCCAUAUAUUCCGGAGGGCUGCUUUUUUAGGACUGUUGCCUUUUUAUGCCCAAGAUUAUAAUGGAAAUCAUAAACUUUCUUGACUCUGCCAUAGGAUACUUAAUGGCUUAAAACAUUUUUAAGCCUUUAUUUCAUCAGAUCAGCAGGAGAUCUGAGUCUUUUGAUAAACAGAAUGUCUGUAAGUAAUUUUGGGACCACAUGUUAUGUAAGUUAGUGGCUUUUGUGUAAUACCUUUAUAAAAGGUACAUGCUGAAAGCCGAAGUAUAUUCUUAAUUCUGAAUCUACUUGACACCGUCAGAAACAUUUUAAGGGUAAAAUACAACAUGCAGAGAGGGCGUGUUUUGUAUCAGUUUUGAAUUCCCAUCAAUAAACUGGACAAUUUGAUGGC